UGUUUCUUCAUUUAUAAAAUGGAGGUUACAAUGCCUCCUUCCUGAGCUCAGCACCGGUUCUGGUACACAACAGGGGGUUAACAAGCGUUCUCCGUUACUUACUGUCUGGUGCCGGUCCUGUGCGGGUGCAUCCUUGGGGCGGGGGGUGAGGCGGUUCCAAACUUACUGCUCUUAACCACGCCCCGCCCCCCUCCGCCGACACAGGCACAUCACACGCAAAUAAAAUGCAAAUAGCACGCAAUGAACUGCUCUGGGCAGCGCGCAGGUCAGCCUGUGCGGCCCGAGGCGCGCCCAGCACCCCGUCGCUGAGCCGGGGCGCUGACCGUCGUCCAGCCCGGCUUUCAUCGCUCCGUGUAAAUGUUUACACCGGGCCGGCCGCCAGGCCCCGCGCCGGGCGGCCGGCGGGGUAAUGUAAACGCGGGCUGGAGGCCGCUCAGUGGCGGGGAGCUUCUCAGACAGGGUGGGGGUGUAGGGGUACGCAGGAGUUAUUAAACAUCUACUGUGAGCAUGACGCGACUAGGCAACCACAACACUGAGUAAUCGGUGCCCCAGUAGGGGAAGCUUAGACGUUGUGGGGACCCAGACAGUGCCCUUGCACGGGCCUGGGGCUGGGGAGGAGGAGCAAUCAGGGCGAGCUUCCUGGGGGAGGCACCGUCUAAGCUAGGACCGAAAGUGGAAUGGGAGUGGGCGGCAGUGGAGAAGAGAAUGUUCUGGAUGGAAGGACUCACUUGUACAAAGGCCUGGAGACAGACGACGGAGGCCGUGUGGCUGACCAUCCCGUGGACGCAGGCUGAGGAUGCAGCGCUGGAAGGCAGCGGCCCUGGCCUCGGUGCUCUGCAGCUCCGUGCUCUCCAUCUGGAUGUGUCGGGAGGGCCUGCUCCUCGGCCACCGCCUCGGACCUGCGCUGGCCCCCUUGCGCCGGCCGCCUCGCACCCUGGACGCCCGAAUCGCCCGUCUGGCCCAGUACCGUGCACUGCUGCAGGGCGCCCCGGAUGCGGUGGAGCUUCGAGAACUGACGCCUUGGGCCGGGCGGUCCCCUGGUCCGCGCCGUCGGGCUGGGCCCCGGCGGCGACGCGCGCGUGCGCGAUCGGGGACACGGCCGUGCGGGCUGCGCGAGCUCGAGGUGCGCGUGAGCGAGCUGGGCCUGGGCUACGCGUCCGAAGAGACAGUGCUGUUCCGCUACUGCGCAGGCGCGUGCGAGGCGGCCGCGCGCGUCUACGACCUGGGGCUGCGACGCCUGCGCCAGCGGCGGCGAGUGCGGCGCGAGCGGGUGCGCGCUCAGCCCUGCUGCCGCCCGACGGCCUACGAGGACGAAGUGUCGUUUCUGGACACGCACAGUCGCUACCACACGGUCCACGAGCUGUCGGCGCGCGAGUGCGCCUGCGUGUGACCCUACCUCAGCCGGCCCGGAGAGACGGCGGCCACGGCCCCCGCUCCGACGGCACCCACGGUCCCUCCUGGCAAGCCCUGCGACAGACUACCCACGCGCAGGAGAUGCCGUCCAGGGCUCAGGACUCUCGCGUUAACUGUACCAAGAUAAAGUGUGGAAAAUCCA